AUCCUUUCUGGAUCGGUUUGUGUCUGUUUAUGUGAUCUUGUGAUGAGACGUUUAAUUUAUUUCACUCUCAAACAGCUCAAAUGAAGAGUUCGUGUCAAUGGUGCAGAAAGGAGACUGUUCGAAAUUUGACGUCGAGUCCCUGAAACAGCUGCUAAAACUGCUUCCAGAAAAACACGAGAUUGACAACUUAAAAUCAUUUCAAGGAGAUCCGGACAAACUGGCAAACGUGGACCACUUUUACCUCUCACUGCUGGCUGUGCCCUGUUACCAGCUGAGGAUUGAAUGCAUGUUGCUGUGUGAGGAGACUCUGUCUGUGCUGGAGAUCCUGAAGCCCAAGGUGGAGCUGCUGGAGACGGCGUGUGAGAAUCUCAGGAAAAGUUCACUGCUGCCCAGUUUCUGCAAACUCAUCCUCAGCGUUGGAAACUUUCUCAACUAUGGAAGCCACACCGGAAACGCAGAGGGAUUCAAGAUCAGUUCCCUGCUAAAACUCACUGAAACCAAAGCAAACAAGAGCCGCAUCACGCUCUUACAUCACAUCCUGGAGGAAGCGGAGUUAAAUCAUCAAGAGCUGCUGGAGCUUCCAGACGACAUCGAGGCCUGUGAGAGAGCAGCCGGGUAAAACUGUGGAUCUGAUAGAGAGACGAGAGAGAGAGAGAGAGUGUGUGUGUGUGUGUGAGAGA